UUGACGUGUUGACUCAAAUUAUCACCGAUGCAGCGAUGAUGCUCAUCAGCUUCGACGAACACUCUCUCCACAAUAUCUGGUCAAAUCAAACAAACAAUCAAUCCAGACACCAUUUUCGUCUCCCAAAAUUCGAUCCCAUUUAUUCAAAAUCAUCUCAGUAAUGCGUCGUAAAUUUUGAUCCAAAAUUAUUUGGAACUUGUAUUACACAUUUUCACCAAAUCGAAGCUGUUUUUCAAUUGCUAGAACGAAGAUUACUUCCUGAAAUUUAAGGGGAAACUCGAGUUCCCCUUAUUCAAUUGUAUAAGGAGUAUGUCGAAAUCAUUGCCUUACUCCAUGAAAGAUGUUGACUAUGAUAAUGCCAAGUUCCGACAACGUUCUCUCUCUAAGGUAAGGGGUCAUUGAUCAUGCUCUCAGCUUCUUACUAGCUUUUUGGAAUUACAGCAUUGCCUAAGGUCCUGAACCAGACGAUAUUGACCAACAAUGUUAAACGUGAAUGUCUGCGGUGUAGCACUGGGAAAUUUCUGUUGGUAAUUAUGCUUUUUGGCAUUGCUUAUCUCAUUUUUACACCAACAAGACAUGUUUCAUCCCACAGAGCAGAUCACGCUAUAAUAAAUUCUAAAGACAAUGUUACAGUAGACACUAGUACCGGAUUAAGGAGAUUCUUUAGAAAACCACCAAGGCUACCCCCUCUAUUAACACCUGAUGAGAUGCGUACUAGUAAUACAUCUGUUCACCAGAUAGAUGUAGAUGCAUCAAAAUGGAUGGGAAAGCAGCAGCAAGUUAGAGAGGCUUUUAUUCAUGCAUGGUCUGGUUACAAAAAGUAUGCUAUGGGUUUUGAUGAACUUAUGCCAUUAAGCAAGAGAGGAAUAGAUAGUUUAGGAGGUCUUGGUGCAACAGUUGUGGAUGCUCUGGAUACAGCCAUGAUAAUGGGUGUUGAGGAUAUUGUUAAUGAAGCUGGAUCUUGGAUUGAAACUCAUCUUGCAGAAAAGAUCAGUCAGAAAGGCCAGGUCAAUUUAUUUGAAACUACAAUUCGUGUUUUGGGUGGUCUUUUAAGUGCUUAUCAUUUAAGUGGUGGAGCUAGUGUAGAAACUACAUCUGUGGGGCCAAAACCAAUUGUAUAUCUAAACACUGCUACAAUGCUAGCCGAUAAGUUGCUAGUUGCUUUUACCUCUAGCCCAAGUCCCAUCCCUUUCAGUGAUGUUAUAUUACGUGACAACUCGGCACAUGCAGCCCCUGAUGGAUUAAGUAGUACAUCAGAAGCUUCUACACUACAACUUGAAUUCAAUUAUCUCAGUGAUAUAUCUGGUGACCAAAAGUAUAGCUUGGAAGCAAUGAAGGUGCUGAAGCACAUAAAGACUCUACCUAAGGUAGAAGGGCUUGUUCCUAUUUAUAUAAGUCCUCAAACUGGCGAAUUUAGUGGACAAAAUAUUAGGCUAGGAUCACGUGGUGAUAGCUAUUAUGAGUAUCUAUUGAAGGUUUGGCUGCAACAGGGAGCAAAUCAAAACAGUAAUUUAACAUAUUUACACAGCAUGUAUGAAGAAGCUAUGAAAGGUGUUAGACACCUCCUUGUCAAAAAGUCAGUCCCAAAUGGGCUAGUUUUUGUUGGGGAGUUACCCUAUGGAGCAAGUGGUUCUUUUAGUCCUAAGAUGGAUCAUCUGGUGUGUUUCCUUCCUGGUACUCUUGCACUUGGUGCCACCAAAGGCAUGACUAAGUCGAAAGCUAUGAGGGACAACUUGCUUACCUUUGAAGACCUGGAAAAUUUGAGGCUUGCUGAAGACCUUGUUAAGACUUGUGUUGAAACAUAUCUUGUAACUUCAACAGGUCUUGGUCCAGAAAUUGCUUACUUCCAUGUGGAGGAUUACUUUGAAGAAGGAUAUGAUGGUGGAAACAAGAGUUCAAAAUAUUUGAACGACAUAAUCAUCAAGCCUGCUGACCGUCACAAUCUUUUACGUCCCGAGACAGUGGAAUCCUUGUUUGUCUUGUAUCGCAUAACAGAAGAUCCCAAGUAUCGUGAAUGGGGAUGGCAGAUAUUUGAGGCGUUUGAGAAAUAUACAAAGGUUAGUUCUGGUGGGUAUACUUCUCUUGAUGAUGUGACUUCAGUUCCUCCUAAUAGAAGAGACAAGAUGGAGACCUUUUUCUUAGGCGAGACACUUAAGUAUCUAUACUUACUGUUUGGAGACACCAAUGUCGUUCCACUAGACAAAUUUGUUUUCAACACAGAAGCACAUCCUAUUCCUGUUAAUGGUGCUGAUAAGAGGCAGUGAUGCAUGAUGAGUCUAUAUGAAGGAAUAUGAAGCAUAGAAGAGCUUAAGGCUUUGCUGUGAGUUAUCGGGAAGCACAUAUCUUGCAAUUACAUUUGACUUGGUUUGCAUUAUUGCAAGUUUGCAAUAGUUUUAUUACUCACUGGCUAACAUACGGUUGGUAAUAUCAAGGAUAACUUGUAACUGCAGAUAAGAGCUCCAGGGAGGUAGAGUUUCUUUAGAUCCCGGUUUCUAUGGCUGCCUACUUUCCAAGAAUAUAUUUUGUUGUAAAUUAUAUGAACGGGAAAAAUUAGGUUAUACACAUGGUGAGUCUUUCCCGCUAAUUGUUUGUCAAAUCACAAACAAAAUUGGAUUCUCACAUAAUUUUGCUACUGUAAGUGUCCGAUUUAUUGUAUUACACAUUAUCUGUUUUCACUCACCAUUUAUACAAGUAAAACUUGUAGAGUUAUGAUUUUUC